AUGUCCAUCCGUGCAUCUCGCUUCCUCGCCCAGCGCGUCACGCGCGGGGCUGGGCUUCUCCGGCCGAGGAUAGGCCUCGGCGUCUCCCGGCCCAUGAGCACGGCGACAGACGCCCCCGCCUUCAACUGGGAAGACCCCUUGGCUGUCAAGGCCUUCCUGACGGAAGAGGAGAUUGCAAUUUCUGAGACGGCGGAGAGAUAUUGCCAAGAGCAAUUAUUACCUAGAGUUCUUCAGGCGUACCGAGACGAAAGCUAUGACCCCAAGAUCCUCGAGGAGAUGGGCGACAUGGGCCUUCUUGGAGCGACGAUACAAGGAUACGGAUGCGCGGGCGUGUCUACCGUGGCCGGUGGCCUCAUCACCAAGGCCGUCGAGCGUGUCGACAGCGGCUACCGUUCCGGAAUGUCUGUCCAGUCGUCCCUCGUGAUGGGCGGCAUCUACGAGAUGGGCACGGCCGAGCAAAAGGAGAAAUACCUCCCCGAGAUGGCCAAGGGCAAGCUCAUUGGCGCUUUUGGCCUCACGGAGCCGAACCACGGAAGCGAUCCCGGCUCCAUGGAGACGGUUGCCAAGCCUCACCCCACCAAGACCGGGUACUACUCCAUCUCCGGAUCCAAGACCUGGAUUACCAACUCUCCCAUCGCCGACGUUCUCUUGGUGUGGGCCAAGCUGCAGGAGACGGGCAAGAUUCGGGGAUUCUUGAUUGACCGCGACGCCUGCCCCCGGCACGCUCGAGACCCCCGCGAUCAAAGACAAGAACGGGCUCAGGGCCUCCAUCACCGGCAUGAUCCACCUGGAUGGUUGCCCCAGAGGAAGCAGUUCAAGGGCAACCCGCUCGCCAAGUACCAGCUCAUCCAGAAGAAGCUUGCGGACGCCGCCACGGAUGCGGCCUACGGCACCGUUGCCGCCAUCCAGGUCGGUCGCCUCAAGGACCAGGGCCUCGCCACUCCUGAGAUGAUUAGCAUGGUCAAGAGGCAGAACUGCGACCGGGCGCUGCAAAACGCCCGCGUGCUGCAGGAAAUCUUUGGAGGCAACGCCGUGAGCGACGAGUACAUGAUUGGAAGGCACGUUGCCAACCUGUUCGUCACCCAGACGUACGAGGGACAGAGUGAUAUUCACGCUUUGAUUCUGGGCCGGGCAAUCACGGGCCCUGGCAAGCUCCAUCUACCCUUUACGUGUCUUUCACAACCACCAGUGACCUGGAUUCUUUCCACUCUCGAACCUACGAAAUUUUCUCACGAUCCUAAACAAACCCCCACCUUUCUUCCUGAUUCCAUCCACGAACGCUUCGACCGAACCCCUCGCUCUCGACUUCUCAUUAUACCCCCUUGCCAUCCGAAACAAUGGCUCUCAAGAGAAUCAACAAGGAACUCACCGACCUGGGCCGUGACCCUCCCUCUUCUUGUUCUGCUGGUCCCGUUGGCGAAGAUCUUUUCCACUGGCAAGCGACGAUUAUGGGACCUGGUGACUCUCCGUACUCUGGAGGCGUCUUUUUCCUGGCAAUCCAUUUCCCUACCGAUUACCCCUUCAAGCCCCCAAGGUCAACUUCACCACCCGCAUCUACCACCCCAACAUCAACUCCAAUGGCAGCAUCUGCCUCGACAUUCUACGAGACCAGUGGAGCCCGGCUCUGACCAUUUCGAAAGUCCCAUACCCACCUACUCGAUGGCUAACUGGUGGCCCAUAGUCCUCCUUUCGAUCUGCUCCAUGCUUACCGACCCCAACCCCGAUGACCCCCUUGUUCCCGAGAUCGCCCACGUGUACAAGACAGACCGAGCCCGGUAUGAGGCUACAGCUAGGGAAUGGACUCGCAAGUACGCUGUUUAA